AUGUCAGCUGUUGCAGCCGUAACAAAUGACAUUGCUACAAACCCAGUAAACGAUACAAAUGUAUCAAAAAAAGCCAAAGAAGCACAGCAACAUAAAUUGAGACGGAAAAACAAGAAGAAGAAUAAAAAACUGCGUAAAGAAGAGGAAGCUAGACGUAAAGCAGAACUCGAACAGCAACAGAAAGAGAAAGAUGAUUCCCUUGAUGUUGAAAUUGAAUAUGUUGUUCAACCCGUCGAUAUGUCUUCAUUGAAGAAUAUUGAUGGCUUGUCCAAUGUUGAUGAUAGUACUCUACAGCAGUUUUCUGAAAUAUUCAAGCAUUUUCAAACUGGUAAAGCAGAAGAAGAUGAAGAGGAAUUUCCUGUGCAUGAUAACUCUGCCGCAACAGAUCGCAACAAGGACGAUAAAGAUGAUGACUCUGACAAAGAAGGCGAGGAGAUGGAUACAGAUCAAACAUUAUCAAAAAAGAAGAUGAAAAAGUUACAGCGUUUGACAGUAGCAGAAUUAAAGCAGCUUGUGAAAAAACCAGAAGUCGUAGAAUGGUGGGAUGUUACAGCAAACGAUCCUAAAUUGUUAACAUCCCUCAAGUCCUAUAGAAAUACAGUACCAGUACCCGCACAUUGGAGUAUGAAGCGUAAAUAUUUACAAGGAAAGCGUGGUAUUGAGAAGCCACCAUGGGAAUUACCUGAUUUUAUUAAAGAUACUGGUAUCAUGGAAAUGCGUGAUGCUGUUAAAGAAAAAGAAAAUGCAGCAGGAUUAAAGGGAAAAACCAAAGAAAAAGUGAAUCCGAAAAUGGGUAAACUUGAUAUCGAUUAUCAAAAACUACAUGAUGCCUUCUUCAGAUUUCAGACACGUGGUAACUACACUAAGCAUGGUGAACUUUACUAUGAAGGAAAGGAGUUUGAGACGAAAAUAAAAGAACAAAAACCCGGCCAACUGUCAGAAGAAUUAAAGGAAGCCCUCAACAUGCCACCUCUAGCCCCUCCACCAUGGCUCAUCAAUAUGCAGCGUUACGGUCCUCCACCUAGUUACCCCAAUCUGAAAAUACCUGGCUUGAAUGCUCCUAUACCAGAAGGGGCGCAGUGGGGUUAUCAUCCGGGUGGUUGGGGCCGUCCUCCUGUAGAUGAAUAUAAUCGACCUCUGUAUGGUGAUGUGUUUGGUGUGGCUCAGCCUUCUGCUGCUCCACCAGAGAUUGUCGAGCCUGUCGACAAAAAUCUGUGGGGUGAGCUCGAAUCAGAGGAAGAAUAUGAAGAAGUAGAGGAGGAGGAAGAAUCGGAAGAAGAAAGUGAGGCCGAAGAAGCGAAGGAAGAGGAGCCCACAGGAGCAGAGAUGGCCGAUGGUUUGGUCACGCCUUCGGGUAUGGCUUCAAUUGCAUCCGGCUUAACUACUCCCGAUCAUAUAGAAUUGCGUAAAGAUCGCAAGAAGGAAGAAGAUGAGGGUCCUAAGCAACUUUAUCAAGUAUUACCAGAAGUAUCCAAGAAUAUUACUGGAUUUAUGGGAUCACAGCAUGGAUAUGACUUAUCAGCCGUGAAUAAAGCUACCCUGGGUGUCGAGAUGUCAACAGGAAGAGCUGGUAAACGUAAAGCGGAAAAUAUUGACGUGGCUAUUGAUCCAAGUGAACUAGAGAACGGCGGUUUGGACGAGGCUACCUUACGUGCUAAAUAUGAGGCUCAAAUGAGAGCCAAGUUACCAGUAGGUGCAGGUAGUGAAGAUUUAUCUGAUAUGUAUGCUGAGCAUGCCAGUAGACAAGCUAAAAAAGCAAGAACUCAGGACAGUCGAAAGGAAGCUAAAAAGAAGGAAUUUAAAUUCUAG